CAUUUCUCCUUCCUCAUAUUAUUAUCUCUCUCGUGCCAGACAUCUUCUCUUCAUGCUCUGUGCGUGGGCCGGUUCAUGUCCCAUGCCGAUGAAGCCACCUCCUUCCUUUCCUAUGACGCACACUGCUUGCUUGCUUGCUGGUACUAGCACAGUACAGUGUAGUACAGUACUGACGAGAGAGAGGGAGAGAGAGAGAGGGGGAGAGAGCUCACGGUCACGGGUGUCCUGUGAUUCGCAUUAAUGCCGCCGAGGAUUCUCACCUACGGACACCGACUAGUAGCAUCAUCACUGUGGACUGUGGCUGCGAGGGAGCGCAGGAGUGACAGUGCUCUACAGACUAGAGCACAACGGUUCAUGCCCUGCACGGGCACGGGACUAUUCCGCGGUAUGUAUGUACCUACAUUGUUUAAAGGAGCUAGGGGAGAUGACCGGUGCGUGCGACUGUGCCUCCUGCCGUGCCCAAGCCAUGACGCCUUUUCUCUUUCUUUUCUUCACUAGCUCCUCCCUCCAAAAAUCUCGUCCUCUGCUCUGCAUGACUGCAUCAGCCAUCAGGGUUGGGUUGUGGUUGGAUUCUUCCUUGCUUGCUUUUGCUUUCGCCACCUCCUCUCCUCCUGAUUUCCCAUUUCGAAAUUUCAACUCCUCCACGCCCACCUCCAAAACCAUAACCAUGCAUGCAUGCACGCACAUUCGUUCGCUAGCAAAGAAAAGGAACAUUGCUACUGCCACGUGACAAAGUUGGCAAAGCCAUCAUCUAUCCCGGGUCAACCCUUUCACCUGCACUGCAUGCAUUGCAGGCCGCCGCAGUGCUCGCAAAAAUCCAAUACACGGCCAGCGAGCGCUCAUGUCACGGACUCGCACUCUCACUUCACAUUCCACUGUUUUCUUUCCUUUGUUUUGUUUUUACCCUUGCAUAUAUCUGUAGUUUCUUCUACGAUUAAAAGGAUCACUCUCUACAUAAAAUUAGUUGCAACAUGAAAGACAUCGAGCAGCGCGUGCGCGCGCUGGCGGCGGGCGUGCCGGACGACGACGCGGCGGCGGACCACUCCUUCGCGCAGCGCGCCGAGAACUACUACCGCCGCCGCCCGCAGCUGCUCGCGCUCCUCACCGACCUCCACCACCGCUACCUCUACCUCGCCGACCGCUACGCCCAGUCCCUCCUCUCUAACGCUAACGCCAAGUCCUCUGCCAACCUCAACGCCAUCUCUGCCUCCGACUGCUCCUCCGACGUCGACGACCGCUCCUCCGACGCCGGCAGCUCCCUCUCCUACCAGCCCCACCCCGGCAUCAACGCCGCCGAUGACCACAUUCAUUUCGCCGACCUGGUGGUGGCGGAGCUGGUGAUGGCGUGGGUGGACCGGGACGUGCUGGCGGACGAGGCGGACCGCCGGAGGGCCGAGUCGGCGCGCAAGAUCGACCUGCAGGGCAGCCUGCUGGAGGUGCUCGAGUCGGAGCGGCUCGUCCUGCUGGGCGAGAACGCGCGACUGGCAUUCCGCGCCUCGGCCGCCGACGAGGAGGCCGCGGCGGCGGCAGCCGAGCUCGGGUACACGCGCCGCCGCGCGGCAGACCUGGCGCGGCUGGCCGUGAAGCUGCGGGACGACCACCGGGCGUGCAUGCUCGGGCGGAAGGUCGAGGCGCUGCAGGCGCAGGUGUACGGGCUGGAGCUCCGAAACCGCGAGUGCUUCGAGGCCAUGGCCGCCUGGGAGGCCGAGCGCAAGGCCGGCGUCGGCGAGAUCGACCGCCUGCGCGCCGAGAACCGCCGCCUCGCCGCGGAGGCAGCCCAGGCUGCGGCUGCGUCGAGGAGGAAGCGCGGCGGCAAGGGCGGCAGCGGGAGCGGGUGGUGGUGGCUGGCCAGGGUGCGGCUGGCCGCGGAGUGCGCGCCGUCGUCGGUGACGGUGAGCAAGGUCGGCGAGCAGAUGAAGGGCGGCAAGUACAACGGCGGCUGCUUCUGCCUGUAAGGCAUCGGCGGCGACCGGCGGCGAGGGUCUCUGCUGCUUUUGGUGCUUCUUUUUGGUUUGCCCCCCUUGGAUUAUGGCGAUAUUACUCAGGGGAGCGUAGAGGAAGGGAUGGUUUAGGCUGGGGUUAUUACGAGGCAAUGAAGGGUCUAAGAUGAUAAUUGAGUAGCUGUUCUUUGACUGGUUUACUCCACCACUGUCACUGGCACUAAUGGAGCUGUUAUGCUUUUGUUGGUCGAGAUUUGCAAAGUAUAUAUGGAGUCCAGUACUGUUAUGAGGUACAAUGUAGUAGUAGUUAGUAGUGUCUAAUGUGAUGCAAACUUGUCAGUUUAA